AGAACCGCGUGGUGGUUUCGGUCCAGCACGGGGGGCGGCCGGCAAACCGCGAGAAACCAAGCCACCCUCCUCCUCCCGUCCCCGUCCGUCCUCGGCCCCGGCCCGCCGGCCGCCGCCACCAGCGCCUUCUACCCUUCCUACAAGAAACCCCCGCGCGGCUGCGUUUGCCGCGAGUCCUUUCUCUAUCUCUUCUCUCGUGGGGAUCUCGUGUGGUCAAGGACGAGAGCUCCGGGAACUAGGCGGCCGGAUCAGGGGGAGAUAUGGAGGCCGCUGCGGCUGCCGGUGCUGCCGGGCUGACCAGGUGGCAGGCGGCGGCGCUGUCGGCGGUGGCGGGGUGGGUGUGGGCCGCCUCGUACUUCGACCUCACGCGGCGAGCGCGCGCGCUGACGCAGCCGUGGGUCACCCGCCGUGUGCACGCCGAGACACCGUCGAUCCUCAGGUUCCAGAGGACGCAGCACAGGUUGCUAGACAAUUUCUUCUCCGUGCUGUCAUGCGUUGUCUCUGUCCCUUUCUACACGGGAUUCCUCCCUCUCCUCUUCUGGAGUGGACACGGCAAGCUGGCCAGACAAAUGACCCUCCUGAUGGCUUUCUGUGAUUACCUUGGCAACGCUGUGAAGGACUUAGUGUCAGCUCCUCGGCCAUGCUCUCCUCCUGUCAGAAGAGUCACAGCCACUGAAGAUGAGAAGGAAAAUGCCAUGGAAUAUGGAUUACCUUCAUCUCACGCUCUCAAUACCGUUUGUUUGAUGGGAUAUAUACUCCACUAUGUCCUGACAUAUGGACCGUGUAGUGCUUUUAUGGUCGCUACAUGUUUAUCUCUAGCUCUCUUGCUUGUUAUGCUAAUUGGCAUUGCGAGGAUAUACUUGGGCAUGCACAGCUUGACCGACGUCAUCGCUGGGAUCUGUUUUGGCACUGUGAUCCUUGCGUUCUGGUUGGUUGUUGAUGAUCAUGUAGACGCCUUUGUUGUCUCUGGGCAAAAUGUUACAUUCUUCUGGGCAAGCCUUUCUCUAUUGAUGUGCUUUGCAUAUCCAAAGCCAGAAUUUCCAACUCCUAGCUUUGAAUACCACACGGCAUUCAAUGGCGUUGCUUUCGGAAUUGUCUAUGGCAUCCAGCAAACCUACUUCCAUUUCCACAACCCAAAUGUCCCCCUCAUUUUCAGCCAGCAGCUACCUCUUCUUGCAUACAUCGGGAGGGUCCUGGUAGGGAUCCCAACCAUCCUGGCCGUGAAAUCCUGCAGCAAAGCGCUCUCGAAAUGGCUUCUACCGGUCAUGUGCAACACCUUGGGCAUUCCCAUCGUCUCGUCCUGCUAUGUCCCGGCACUGAAGGUGACCAACAGCAACUCGAGCAAAUCCGACGCCAAGCAGGCCGGUUACCUCCAGAGAGUCUUCUCCCUCUUCCCGCAGAAGGCGUACGACGUGGACACUGGCAUAAGGUUCGUGCAGUAUGCCGGGCUCGCGUGGUCGGUGGUCGACUUGGUGCCGGCCAUAUUCACUCAUCUGAAUCUGUAGCGGAACCCCUACAAUUUUUUUGUGUGUUUCGUUCUUCAGAGGGUAAAUGGGUAAUCCGUCCCUACUCGCAGGGCAUUGUCUUGUGAGGCUGUAAAUCCAUUGAUCUCGACCUUCUUUUUUGUAUUGUAUGUAUGUUUUUGGCUUAGCACGUCCUCCAUAGAGGUGUUUUUUUUUCUCAAAGUUGAGGAUAGCAUUGACCUUAUUUUUGUUUGUUUGAUGAGUACAGUGUUCGCACUUUAAGGUUUAAACUGAAGAGCAAAAACUGAAUCCUGAAA